CUAGAGGACGCCACUGCCGCUGGUUUGCAGCCGACGGUAGCAGCGGCCUACAAGCUUGCCCACAUCGUAGGAAUUUGUUUACCCCCGUUUUUCGUUACGUCCUUAUUUGUUUGCCCCUUGAUUCCUUCAAAGUGACACUCAUUUCCAGAUAAGUAACGUACACUCAAGGAUACAACCUGACCAUCACUAUUUAUUCUACAAUGGAGGGUACAUUCGUAGUAGACGAAGUCAGCGCUAUAAUCAAGGAGGCGAUGGAGACGAUUAUCGGUGGAAACGUUUACCAACAUAGCAAAGUACCACAGUGGACAAACACCACUGUGGAGCACAUACUGGGCCAACUUACAAAAAUGAACAAGCCAUUCAAGUACAUAGUGACAUGUGUUAUCAUGGAGAAGAACGGUGCUGGUCUUCACACAGCAACCUCUUGCUACUGGGACAACACCACUGAUGGAAGUUGCACGGUACGUUGGGAAAACAAGACAAUGUAUUGCAUUGUAUCUGUGUUUGGCUUGGCCAUCUGAGGACUUCUAACACGUGUGCCUGUAGAACUGCCCCACUAGAGGCACUCUUUGUGUCAGUACAUGUGCAUUCCAUAGGCCUGGAAACUAAACCUUCCAGUACUGUGCCGCAUGCAUGAAAAAAAAAAAAAAAAGGGACGCCUACGCUAGUUUCGUGGAAGUUGCUGACCAAUAUUUUUUACUUCCACUGAGUGAAAGCUUGCUGCUGGAUGCGCAUUGUUGGGCUUUUGAAAGCUCGCUUGUAUGUGAAAAUAAUGGAUGAAAUAAAUGCUGUGUAUAGCA